AUGCCUUGGCAUCCCGACGUCUUCGCGGCCGAUGUUGCUUCGAGUUCCCAGGUAACCCUGAACAAGUUCGAUCUUUGGACAUUGGUGUUGCGCGGAGCAAGUCCUGCGGCGGCUAUUUACACCGACAAUCUGAUACUACCCACCUACGUCGCCGCCGCGUCAGCUGCGCUUCUCAUACUUCAUAUUCUGCUCAUAUGGAAGCCGGUGAAACGCUUCAUUUUGCGAUUGCGGAAGAAAAAGACAUCUCCCAACAAUACUCUAGAUCCCCAGCCAACGAACCAAUCUCUUGGCCUCCUCGCCGAAGUCAGAGAACAUGUCGCUUUACAUGGCGGGCCCACCAUAUUUUUCUACAUGAUAUUCAGACUUCUUGCUUCUCUAGCUCUAUUGAGCCUUUCUGCUACGUCUCUGGUGCUGGAUGAACGAGGCAGGUCCCAUGAAAAUCUCGGUCUCUAUGGAAAAUGGGGCAAAAAACACAAGGGCAAGAAAGAACACUCGCGCGCUUUCAUGAACGAGGAAUGGUUAGAAGCUUCUUUAUGCUUGACAUUCUUAUACACAUCAUUCCUUGCUCUCGUUGCAGUAACGUCAAAACCAAGGUGUAGCCGAGUUGUCGCAAGACAUUUCAAUGUCGUGCUUCUUGUAACCUUCGGAGUCUACUUUUAUCGCGACCUCUUUCCUUUAUUGACGUAUACUUUGUCAAUGCAAGAUCCAAAAAGCUGUAUCUUGUGGGCAAAGAUCGCCCUUCUUGGUGUCACCGCUGUUCUUGUACCGCUCGUCAUCCCCCGUGCAUACAUCCCUGUCGAUGCUAAGAAUCCAAUGCCGCUACCAAGCCCGGAACAAACAGCUCCUCUAAUAUCGUUGAUGCUCCACAGCUACCUCGAUCCGUUGGUCUUGAAGGCGUAUCGGAUUCCUCAUCUACCAUUUGAUCAGCUUCCACCCCUUUCCGAUUACGACACCUCUCAAGUCCUGAAAGCUCGAAGUUUCCCGCAUCUAGAUGUAUUCUCCGGAGCUAAAAAACGCCACAUCUUCUUCGGUUUGAUGCGUGUGUUCCGGUGGGAUUAUACCGUCUUGGCUCUUAUGAUUUUGGUCCACGUUUGUGGUACAUUUGCCGGUCCCAUUGGUAUCAACAGAUUACUUCACUACAUUGAACACCGAGAUGACGGAGAGGCUUUUGUCCGUCCCAUUGUCUGGAUAUUAUGGUUAUUCUUUGGGCCAGUGAUUGCCUCAAUUGCCAUUCAGUGGUAUAUUUUUAUCGCAACGAGGAUCAUGGUACGAGCCGAGGCCAUCAUGACCCAACUGGUAUUUGAGCAUUCGCUUCGUAUCCGCGUGAAGGCUUCGACGGCAGAUAGUCCUGGCAAAAGCACUGCCCCCACCCUUGAUGAUAAGUCCAUCUCAGAAGACGCACCCUCUACGGAGUCGAGCGAGAGCGCCACCCUACAUGGAACUCCUGAUGUUGUUUCUACCGACUCUAGAGACGAAAAUUUCGAUGCUAACACAGCAAAUCAAGCACCCUCUUCAUCGAACGAAGGAGCACAGGAGGCUACAUCAGGGCAAGACGCUCCGGCAGCGCAGUCAGAUACAAACAACCUAGUGGGCAAGAUCAAUAACUUGGUUACGACAGACUUGGGAAACAUUAUAGACGCGCGAGAUUUCCUUCUUAUCGGUGUCUAUGUGCCUGUGCAGAUCACGCUUUGCAUCUGCUUCCUCUAUAUAGUCUUAGGCUGGAGGCAUGAAUCUUUCCUUGUGCUUUUCAUGCUCCCAAUUCCUGGUUUUGUCGCCAAGUUUACUCAAAUUGUCCAAGAGCAACGUCUGAAGAAAACAGAUGGGAGAGUGCAAACGGUCACCGAAACCAUGAACGUGCUUCGCAUGAUCAAACUCUUUGGAUGGGAGAAGAAAAUGGAUGACAAGAUCGCUGAGAAGCGAGAUGAAGAGCUGAUUUGGAUCAAAAGGCGUAAGAUGUUGGAUCUGCUGAACGGGACCAUCAACUUCGUGAUACCAGUUAUCACAAUGAUCCUCACGUUCGCUUUCUAUGUUCGUACUUUCUUCAAGCUGACCGCCUCGAAAGUAUUCUCCAGCAUGUCAGUAUUUGACAUGUUGAGAGAUCAGCUUCACAUGGUUUUCAAUUCCAUCACAGACACCAUUACCGGUAAAGUUUCCCUUGACCGUAUGACGGACUUCCUUCGGAAUACGGAACUUCUCGAUUCCUUCACGGAGAAAGAUGCUGCCAUAAAUUUGCUUGCUGCAGACAAUCAUGACGUAGACUCCUCGCAAAUUGGCUUCCGGAAUGCCUCAUUUGUCUGGUCUAACGAUGUCGAUGGGUCCCUCACGCCGUCGAAGAGGAAGUUCAUGCUCAAGAUCGAAGAUGAUCUGAUAUUCCAACGUGGUCGCAUAAAUCUGGUUGUCGGACCUACGGGUUCAGGAAAGACGUCGUUGCUUAUGGCUUUAUUGGGCGAGAUGCACUUUAUUCCAGCUUCACCUGAUGCAUGGUUCAACCUUCCCCGGGAUGGAGGCGUUGCAUACGCUGCACAAGAAUCGUGGGUUCAAAAUGAGACUAUCAAAGCCAACAUUCUCUUUGGAUCACCCUAUGACGAAGCAAGAUACAAGAAAGUCAUCUAUCAGUGCGGGCUUGAACGGGACAUUUCUCUGUUCGAGGCAGGCGAUCAAGCAGAGGUGGGCGAGAAAGGCUUGACUCUAAGUGGAGGUCAAAAAGCCCGUGUCACUCUUGCGCGCGCCAUUUACUCUCAGGCACAAAUCAUAUUGUUGGACGAUGUUCUGGCGGCUCUCGAUGUCCAUACUGCCAAAUGGAUAGUAGACAAGUGCUUCACGGGUGAUUUAAUGAAAGGCCGAACGAUCAUACUAGUGACCCACAAUGUUGCCAUGGCCCGCCCGAUAGCCAAUUUUGUUGUUUCCAUCAAAAACGGCAGAAUUGCAAGUCAAGGGUCUAUAAGCGACGCCCUGGUACACGAUGCAUUGCUAGUAGACGAAACAGAUCAAGCUCAGAAAGCAAUGGACAAAGUAGAAGAAGAGAUAGAUUCUCAGCUUCCCCCCGAAGAAAAGAAGUCCGACGGAAAAUUAAUAGUUGCCGAGGAAAUUGAAGAGGGACAUAUUGGUCUACCUGCGCUUAAAUUCUUCUUUUCCUCUCUUGGCGGCGGCCAUGUCUGGCUUUUCUUCGCGUCUUUCAUUGGUGGACUCGCUAUCACAGAGAUAUUGAACACGGUACAGACCUGGUGGUUGGGACAUUGGGCCUCACAAUACAACGAUCGUGAAAUGUAUCAAGUCCCUGUAUUUUUCUACAUAAGCAUCUACAGUUCUUUUACUCUCGUCGCAGCAUCAGUUUAUGCUGCUGCAUUCAUGUUCUUUGUCAUCGCUUCCCUACGAGCAUCUAAAACAAUUCACAGGCAGCUCAUUCAGUCGGUUUUAGGAACAACCUUAAGGUGGCUGGACACAACUCCUACUUCGCGAGUCAUCACUAGGUGCACUCAAGAUAUCAGAGCACUUGACGGGCCAAUUACAAUGUGGUUUAUGUAUGUGGUGGAGAUAUCGGUGACCAUGGUCGUCAAAUUUGUGGCCGUUGUCAUUGUGACUCCACUUUUCUUAUUCCCGUCAGUAAUUGUUGCGCUCGCUGGGGCUUGGUGCGGUCAGAUGUACAUCAAGGCGCAACUAUCAGUCAAGCGUGAGAUGUCGAACGCCAAGUCGCCGGUUCUCUCGCAUUUUGGUGCAGCAAUAGCUGGGUUAACAUCUAUACGAGCAUAUGGAGUUCAAGAAGCUUUCGCACAGGAAUCUUUGUCUCGAAUCAACCGUUAUACGCGAACUGCACGAACAUUCUACAACCUCAAUCGCUGGGUAUGCAUUCGGAUUGACGCGCUCGGAGGUCUUUUUGCAGCGGCCCUUGCACUAUAUCUAGUGUAUUUCCAGGACCGCACUGCUUCAACCACUGGUUUCUCUUUGAACAUGGCUAUCGGUUUCAGUGGCUUGAUCCUUUGGUGGGUAAGGACACUGAACGAAUUUGAAGUUCAAGGGAACAGUUUGGAACGAAUCCAAGGUUAUGUGAAUAUAGAGCAAGAGCCCAAGUCCACUGCAGGAGGUGCCCCUCCUGCUUACUGGCCGACGUCCGGAGAACUAGUUGUUGAAAAUCUAACAGCUAGGUAUUCUCCAGACGGUCCCGCAGUGCUCCAUAAUAUCUCGUUUACCAUCAAUUCUGGUGAAAGGAUCGGUGUUGUCGGUAGGACAGGAAGCGGGAAGAGCUCCUUGACUUUAUCGCUCCUUAGAUGCAUCUAUACCGACGGGAACAUCUAUUAUGAUGGGUUACCUACCUCAUCAGUCAAUCUUGAUGCAUUGCGUUCGAGCAUAACUAUUAUUCCGCAAAUGCCCGAGCUUUUAAGCGGAACGCUAAGACAGAAUUUGGAUCCUUUCGAUCAAUACGAUGAUGCGACUUUGAACGACGCCCUGAAAGCAUCGGGUUUGUUCUCGCUGCAGGACGACGACCACGGGGGUGCGCUAAACCUUGACAGCAAUAUUUCAAGCGGCGGUAGUAACCUCUCUGUCGGACAACGCCAAAUCAUUGCUCUUGCGCGGGCAAUCGUCCGGGGCAGCAAGCUCCUGAUUCUUGAUGAAGCAACAUCUGCCAUAGAUUACAAAACAGAUACUGUGAUCCAGUCUUCCCUUAGGAACGAGCUCAAGGGUGAUGUUACACUAAUCACUGUUGCCCAUCGACUUCAAACAAUCAUGGAUGCUGACAGAAUUCUCGUCCUCGAUGCUGGUAACAUUGUCGAAUACGACAGCCCCUCUGCAUUAUUGAAGGAGAAUGGGCGUCUACGAGCAAUGGUAAAUGAGUCGAACGACAGAGAAACGCUGUAUGCCAUGGCAGAAGGCAAAAAGAGUACGCUUUGA